GUCAAGUUUCUCCCAUACUCAUUGAUUCCAGCCCUACAUGUAUGAGGACAGCAGACGAUCAUUUAACGACAACAACACACUCGGCAACGGUUGUAUCUAUCAGUAUCUCCCUGCGUCUCACGAAAUGUGUAGUCGUACAACAAGAUACCGCACAGUCCGUAUCAUCAGCAGACAAUUGCAGUACACAAGACGUUGGUUACAUUCCUAGCACGAUCACAGUCGAUUCUUUCGGCAACGGUUGCAAGCCAGCAUCUCACAACCAUUGCACCGCUGUCAAACACAAAUUAACUUGUAAACACGUAGAGAAGAUGACUACUCACAAACAAAUACCGCGGGAGCCUGCAGGAACACAUCUCGCACAGACCCCCUCCAUGGCGAUAGUUCCACUUGUCAUGUUGGCAGUCGUGAUCGACCCUGAGGCGAUCCAUCCACUGCCUCACCAAACUAUCCCUCUGAGUGGAACGGGCCUGAUUCUGACUUCCGCUGGCAACAGGAGCACGCGGCGCCGCGCUCGGCGAUCUGGGGGAUACGUCGAGGCGUGCCUGGCUUCGUGCUUGCUCGGGCUGUUUGUCCACAGUCGUAGCAGGGGCCCUUAACGCUG